AUGAAGCAGGAAAGCCGACUUGGAUGUGAUGGAAAACGCUGGGGUUUACAGUUUCCUGUCAUAUGCAAUCGACUGUGCUCAACAUCGUGGAAUCUUGGUUUUCAAAAUCUACCGUCUGUCGUCAGCGAUCGUUACAUUGGUUUUCUUGAUCCACAUGGAGUUUAUUUCUCUGAACUGUUGCAUCCAGCACGAGGAAAACGUAUCGAUUUUUUGAAAAGUGCCGAUAUAAUAAAAAAAUAUGGUGAUCAAUUUGAACUGUACAAAAAUGCAGCGUUAGGCUUAGAUUUUACUGCAGCAUUCAAAGGUACACUGUUUCGAUUUCCAUUUCGAAAUUCGGAUGCAUGCACAACAACAAAACUUUUUGUUCGCAAACCAGAUCCCAUUUCAGAAGAAGAUGUUCAAAAUUUGGUUAAAAGCUUUCUGGAUGACCUCUCGUACAAUAUCCUAUUUUUAAGAAGUAUACGUUUGAUCGAAUUACAUGAAAUACCAAAACUGAAAAAUUUGAAACCAUUAGCUGCAGUUUCUGUCAGACGAUCAACUGAUAUUUCUAUGUCAAACAUAAUCACAAGCCAAUGCUCUUCGAUUGAUUCAAAAACAUUCGAUGCAGAUGAUGUCGAACUACAAUAUGAAAUAUUCUUAACAGAACAGAAUUAUAUGAUGAAAACAACAAAGCAAUACAAGUUUCUUAUGUCAGAAGCGCUUCUUUUUCGUUCAUGUGAUGAAGCACUGCGUGAAAUGGUCUCCUUAUUGAAAAGUUUGCCACUAGGUAGUUGUGCGAUUGAGCAAGAUAGUGAACUAAAUGCAGCAUCAUCCGGUCGGUUAUUUUGCUAUCUACCAUUGCCCGCUGGUGUCAUACAUGGCCUUCCUAUACAUAUUAAUGGAUAUUUCGGACUAACAGAUAAUCGUCGUGAUUUAAAAUGGGUUACAACAGAAACGUACAGAGAUUAUGAUGGUCUAUGGAAUGAAUUAUUGAUCAAACAAGUAAUUUCACGAUCAUAUGUUAAACUAAUUGAAUACUGUACCAAUCAAUUCAAUGAUUCAAUGAUGGUUUACAAAUGUCUACCAACUAUAGACUUGCCAUGUAACAAAUGGUACGAGCUACUUAAACCGACAUUUCAAGAAAUUGCUAACAAGCCAAUUGUAACAUGUAUGGACGGUCAUAAAAGAUUAGUAUCAGAGGUGAUUGUCGACAAUUUGGCUGAUACUGAAGACAAACAAUUUCAGACAGCCAUACUUCGAUGUUUUAAAAGUUCACAAAUAGCGGUUAUGCCAAACAAUGUAUUGAAUUUUUUUAAACUAAAUUCUGCGAACAUGAUACACUUGAUAACACCUACCCUAGUAUGUCAGUAUAUAACAGAGAGUUCUUUGGAGCAUAUUUCUCCUAUCGAACGUUUACAACUGUUAGAAUAUUGUUUACAAGCUCCAGUAGACAGUUUACAUAAUGUAGCAUUACUACCAUUGUCGGAUGCCAGUUGGACAACGUUUGAUUGCCAAUCGAAACAACAUACACCUGUUUAUUAUCUUGAAAAGGGCGAAGAGAUUGUUGUCAAAAUUUUAGUUGGACUAGAAAAACAAUUUUCAAGCCUGUCACUAUCGGAAAAAGUGAAUUCAAUAAUUCGGAACAUCGCACGAGCAGGUCAAACGCAGUUAAAAUCAUACAAUCACAACAACUUUCCACAACUUCUCCAACAAUGUUGCACAUCAGAACAAACUAGAGAUUGGGCUACAAUGUUAUGGAGAUAUUUAUUUGAGAAAUUUCCGGAUCAUUUAGACCUAUUUCAAAGUCAGCAUAUUGUACCAUACAUAGAAAUAAAGAUGGAAAAAAUCUCUUCAAGCGAGAUUGUUAGUGAUAUAACGAAGUCAAAACUUCCCCAGCUUCUUACUUUUUAUCCAUUAGAUAUUAAUCAACAUUUUUUUCUUAUUACUCAUAAAAACAAUUGUUCAGAUUUAAACAAAAAAGUGCUAAAAGUAUUUAAGACAUAUGGUCUAAAAUGUGUGAUUCUGCGAUAUGACAUGGACGAAUUUUAUUAUCUUGUAAACCAUCCCCAGCGUACUAAGUACAUAUCAGAAUUAUCCAUCGAUUCAUUUUGUUCUUGGUUAGAAGCUAUCAAUAAAUCAGAUAAAAAUAUUCUUCAAUCUAUUGUACGAGAACAAUUCACUGAUGUACAAAAACUCAAUUUGAGAUCAUGCUUAGCCAGUGCUGCUCAUAUAAUGCAACAAUACGAUUCGCUCAGAGAAUUAGUAGGUGAAUUAUCAAUAUUUCGAAAUUCUAGUGAAAUUACAAAGUUCAUUUCAAUUGCUGAGAGUCGGUGCUGCAUGCCAUUGUUUCCCGAUAAUAUUCCGAUUCAGCGAUCUUUGAUUAUGUGCAUCGAUGAUGAUACAAAUAUAUUGAUGAAAAGCUUGUCAAUUCCAGUUUAUUCACAAGCAAAACUCACUUUGGAAGUUCUAAAAUACUGUAUAAAAAGCAAUCUAUCGCACCACGUGUUAACAGUCAGCAAAUGGGCAAUGAAUGAUUGGUCGAGCCUUCAGAUACAGUUACCCGGUUUUGUUGAACAAUGGUUUAGAUUACCAUUCAUAUACGACAAUGGUGCAUAUCGUACAGCUGAUUUUUAUUAUGAUCCAUACGAUGACAUAAUCAAACAACUUGUUGACGAAGAGAAACAUUUGCCAUUGUUAUAUCGUACGGAGCCAUAUUAUUCGAUUUUAAAAGUGAAAUUACAAUCAAAAAUGAAUAAAAAUGAUAUCGCUAACUGUCUCGACAAAAUCGAAAAGAUAAAUGACUGCAAAAAUAACAAAAUUUCGGUUCUGAGCAACUUGCUUGCAAAAGACAAUUCAUUGCUUCAAUCUGUAUCGAAAUUAUUAAACCAAUAUUUAUGGUUACCAUGUUCCAUCUCAGGCAUAUAUCCAAAAUGGUUGCAAUUCCAGUCAACAAAGUCCUUAUAUACGGCGAAACAACUAUAUCCAUCAGAUGCUGCAGAACUUCUUGGUGCUGUUGGUCCAAGUGUUCUAUCAACAAUUCCAUCAGUCGUUAUAUCUCAUCUCCGUCUACGCCCAAUUACAGCAAAUGAUUAUGCUCAACAAUUGCGCUUGAUAAUGGCACAUUUCCAGCGAGAAGAAAAUCAAAAGUGUCAUUUUCUUGUAUGCAAUCUAUAUGCCUAUAUUAAUCAGACGUAUUCAGCUGAAGAGAUUCGUAACAGUUUCAACGAUGAAAAUAUACAUGAUAGCAUUUGGCUUGGCAAUGAUUUCGUACCUGUUUCCAAAGUUGUAUUAGAUCUUCCAUUCGAUCUUGCUCCUUAUGUUAUGAAAAUACAGCCGAACAGUCCUAUCUUCCAAUAUGAUAAAAUUCUAGCAGCACUAAGCAUUCGUUAUCAGCCAACAGAAACAAUUUUACUAAGUGUAGUCAAUGAUAUUGUACGAAAAUAUCAAGAAGAUGGAGUUGACAACACGCUGGCUACACAGCAUGAUGACUUUGACCUGAUUCAUCGAAUAUUAGUUUGGUUUAGCAUUUUCUUAUCUCAAACAAAAUCAGAAACAGAUAUUGAUGUCACUAAACAACUGUAUCUUCCAACAAUGGAAUUCCAUAACAACGAUAAUGCUGAUAGUGGUUCUGAUGAAACGUUAUCUAUACCAUUUUCAAAAAUUGGCGAAUGUUGUUAUUGUGAUAAAGAAUGGAUGUCAAAUAAGCAGAUUAUUGAGGUGAUUCAAAAGGAAUUCAAGCUGAAUAUUGUCCACGAAGGUAUACCAGUUCAUAUAUGCGAAAAACUCGGCGUUCAACCGUUGACGAGCAAAGUUAUGAAUGUUAAAAGUUUAAGUUUUGUACGAAAUUGGGCUCAAAAAGAAGACUUAACUUCUCGUAUCCACAGUCUUAUUAAGGAAGGUUACACAGAUGGGCUAGCUAUAUUUAAAGAGUUUAUUCAAAAUGCCGAUGAUGCUCAAGCAACCGUAGUGAAAUUUAUCUAUGAUAAUCGUUCAAAUGCACAAUGGGACAAAUUAUUAUUGGAUCCAUCUCUAGUUCAGUUCCAGGGUCGAGCUCUUUGGGCAUAUAAUAAUGCUCUAUUCACUGAAAACGAUUUCCAAAAUUUGAUUAGGCUUGGUGCGGCGACAAAAGAAAAUGAUUUAAGCAAAAUUGGGAAAUUCGGUCUUGGUUUUAAUUCUGUGUACAAUGUAACUGAUUUGCCAAGCUUGCUAAGCCAGCAAACAUUGAUUAUACUAGAUCCGCAUUGCAAAUACCUAGAAAAGUACGGCAGCAGUGGUAUACGUCUUGAUUUCACACCGUCACAACGAAUAAUGUUUCACAGUUACAAACAUCAGUUCGAACCAUACAACGGAAUUUUUAGCUGUAAUGUUUUCUCUCUAGCUGAUCAUCCGUUUGAUGGAACACUAUUUCGACUUCCAUUACGUACAAGUAAACAAGCUGAAUCCAGCUUGUUAAGCAACACAGUUUAUGACCAUCAAGAUAUGCUUGAGCUAUUAGAAAUGUUGGUUGAACGAGGUACCCAGUUACUACUUAAUACACAAAGCGUUUGCAAAGUUGAAUUGUAUGAACUCACAUCAGAAGAAGAAAAUUCGAGACUGUUAUAUACAUUUCAGAAAGAACCUGUUCAGUAUCUUCAACGUCAUCAUCUCGCUAAGCUGAUUGAUCCCGGUGAAUUAGGUCACGAGAAUUAG